UUGAAUUAUCUUUUCUAGUUCUGUGAAGAAUGAUGGUGAUAUACUGAUGGGAUUUGCUCUGAAUUUGUAAAUUGCUAUUGGCAUUAUGAUCAUUUUUCCAAUAUUGAUUUUACCCAUCCAUGAGCAUGAGAUGUGUUUCCAUUUGUUUGUGUCAUCUAUGAUUUCUUUCAGCAGUGUUUUGUAGUUUUCCUUGUAGAGCUCUUUUACCUCCUGGUUAGGUAUAUUCCUAAGUAUUUUACUUAUUUUUUUAUUUGCAGCUAUUGUAAAAGGGGUUGAAUUCUUGAUCUGAUUCUCAGCUUGCACGUUGUUGGGGUAUAGCAGAGCUACUGAUUUGGGUAUGUUAAUUUUGUAUCCUGAAUAUUUGCUGAAAUUAUCAGUUUUAGGAGCUUUUUGGAGGAGUCUUUAGGAUUUUCUAGGUAUACAAUCAUUUCAUCAGCAAACAGUGACGGUUUGACUUCCUGUUUACUGAUCUGGAUGCCCUUUAUUUAUUUCUCUUGUUUGACUGCUCUGGUUAUGACUGUCAGUGCUAUGUUGAAUAGAAGUGGUGAGAGUGGGCAUCCUUGUCUUGUUUCAGUUCUCAGAGGAAAUGCUUUCAACUUUCCCGUUUAGUAUUAUGUUGGCUGUGGGUUUGUCAUAGAUGGCUUUUAUUACAUUAAGGCAUGUCCCUUCUAUGCAUAUUUUGUUGAGGGUUUUAAUCAUGAAGGGGCUGGAUUUUGUCAAAUGCCUUUUCUGUGUCUGUUGAGACAACAAUGUGACUUUGCUUUUAAUUUUGUUUAUGUGGUGUAUCACAUUUAUUGACUUGCCUAUGUUAAAUCAGAAGAGCUCGUGUGUUCUCAGGAGCUACAGGGUGCUGUGGCAGCUUCGGGAUAACUUGAGGCUGCAUCCUGGGGAAGAAACACCUCCUGUCCUGGCUGACUCUGAGGACAGAGCUUCAGUGUGGCCUCUCUGUGGCCCGGCUUCUUUGGGGCAUUUUUCCUUCAUGUGGUACAUGAUCAGCAUUGUCCACAUUUACAAUCGAUGGAGGAACAAUGAAAUUCAGUGUUACAUUAAUGGACAACUGGUAUCUUAUGGUGAUAUGGCUUGGCAUGUUAACACAAAUGAUAGUACCUUCAAGUUUAAAUCUGAGAGUGAUAUUCAAUUGGCAGAACAUCAUAAACAGGUUUUAUAUGAUGGGAAACUUCCAAGUAGCAUUGCCUUUACAUAUAAUGCUAGGGCCACUGAUGCUCAACUCUGCCUGGAAUCAUCACCAAAAGGGGAUGCAUCGAUUUUUGUGCAUUCCCAACAUGCUCUAAUGCUUCAGAUUCAAGUGCUUUUUCCACUGUUUCCCCAAUUGGAUAAUCGGCAGCUCAAUGACAGUCAAGUGGAAACAACUAUCUGAUGGACUCUUACUCUGUUGUCCAGGCUGGAGUGCAGUUCUGUGAUCGCUUGACUUACUGCAACCUCGGUUUCCCAGACUCAAGCAAUUCUCCUGACUCAGCCUCCCAAGUAGAUUGUGAGGCACCUGGGGCAGAGAAAAAAAAAAAAAAAAAACGCGCGUGCAGAGAAGUGGGGCCUGGGUCCCUCACAGACGAAAGUGCCUUCCCAUGAGCUCCUUCGCUGGGCCCAGUGGACCCUGGCGUCCCUGGUUCCACCCCAGGGUGCGCAUCAGGCCGCUAGGGGUACCUCAAGGCGGACAAAAGGCCCAUGAAGGGAAGGUGAGUUUUGAGGGAGGAUAGGUGAGGCACCUGUGGCAGAAAAAAAAAAAAAAAAAGCGCCACGGAGAAGGGGGCCCUGGGUCCACCACGCAUGAAAAUGCCUUCCCAUCAGCCCUUGCGCUGGGCCCCGUGGACCCUGGCAACACUGGUUCGAGCACAGGGUGUGCCUCUGGCCUGAUAGGGGUACCCCAAGGAGGGCAGAAAGCCCAUGAAGGGAAGGUGAGGCACCUGGGGCAGAGAAAGAAAAACGCGCCGUGGAGAAGCGGGGCCUGGGUCCCCCACGGACGAAAUUGCUUCGCAUCAUGCCCUGCGCUUGGCCCUCUGGACCCUGGCAUCCCUGGUUUGAGACCAGGGUGAGCCUUGUGCCGCAAGGGGGACCCCACAGCUGGCAGAAGGCCCAUGAGGGGGAAGGUGAGGCAUCUGGGGCAGAGAAAAAAAAAAAAAAGCGCCGCUAAGCGGUGUCUGGGUCAUCCAGGGACGAAAAUGUCUUCCCAUCAGCCCUUGCGCUGGGCCCCAGGCACCCUGGCAUCCCUGGUUCGCGCCCAGGGUGCGCCUCGGGCCACUAGGGGUAACCCAACUCGGACAGAAGGCCCAUGAGGGGAAGUUGAAGUUUGUGGGAGGAGAGGUGAGACACCAGGGGCAGAAAAAAAAAAAAAAUACAGAACCGCGCCUCAGAGAAGCGGAGCCUGGGUCCCCCACGGAUGAAAGUGCCUUCCCAUCAGGCCCUACGCUGGGCCCGGUGGAACCUGGCGACCCUGGUUCGAGCCCAGGGUGCGCCUCGGGACCGCUUGGGGUACCACAAAGCGAACAAAAGGUUCAUGAGGGGAAGGUGAGGCACCUGAGGCAGAGAAAAAAAAAAAACAAAAAAACGCGCCGCCGAGAAGCGGUGCCUGGGUCCCCCACGGAUGAAAGUGUCAUCCCAUCAGCCCCUUCGCUGGGCCCUGGGGACCCUGGCGUCCCUGGUUUGACCCCAGGGUACGCCUUGGGCCACUAGGGGUACCCCAAGGUGGGCAGAAAGCCCCUAAGGGGAAGGUGAGGCACCUGGGGCAGAUAAAAAAAAAAAACUUCGCCACCGAGAAGCGCGGCCUGGGUCCCCCACGGACGAAAGUGUCUUCCCAUUAGUCCCUGCACUGGGACCCGGGGACCCUGGUGUUCCUGGUUCGAGUUCAGGGUGCGCCUCGGCUAAGUGCACCCCAAGGGUGGCUCUGGGGGCACAAAGCCCAUUAGGGGAAGGUGAGUUUUGAGGGAGGAGAGGUGAGGCACCUGUCACAGAAAAAGAAAGAAAAAAACGCGCCGCGGAGAAGCGGGGCCUAGGUCCCCCACGGACUAAAGUGCCUUCCCAUCAGCCCCUGCACUGGACCCUGUGGACCCUGGUGACACUGGUUCGAGCCCCGGGUGUGCCUCGGGUCUGCUAGGAGUACCCAAAGGCGGGCAGAAAGCCCAUGAGGGGAAGGUGAGUUUUGAGGGAGGAGAGGUGACGCACUUGUCACAAAAAAAAAAAAACGCGCCACAGAGAAGUGGGGCGUGGGUCCCCCACAGACGAAAGUGCCUUCCUAUCAGCCCCUGCACUGGGCCCCAUGGACCCUGGCGACCCUGAUU